GAUGGGUCAUUCUCUUGCAGGUUUCUUAUUGUAAUUUAGGGUUUUAGAUUUUUUAUUUUUUUUUAUCAGACGUGAAUAAUUAAUGUAUUUUAAGUUUAUGAUUUUAUUUGUGUUAGAAAUUAGUGUUCACUGCUAAGUUUUUUACCGUUUGACUAAGUCAUAAAAUGACAGUGAAAGAAAUAUUAUUGUUGAAUGGUGGGAUUGUGGCAGGAUAUAUUUUUUACAAGUAUUAUCAGUAUAAAAAUACUCUGAAAGAGAUUCAGGGAUUGAUCAGCAGGAAAAAACAUUCUGUAAAUACUGCCUUGUUUUUUUGUGCUUCUGGUCUUGGAGACUGUGAUAAACAUAUCUAUAAAAAGAAAAUGUGUGAUAAAUCAGACUGUCCAUACAGGAAAUUAAGUUGCAUCAUGGACUGUCUCAAUAGCAGUAGAAAAACAUUAGAUGUAUGUAUUCAUCUUCUGACAAGCAUGGAAAUAGCCAAUUGUAUUAUCGAUGCACACAAAAGAGGAGUUAAAGUUCGUGUUGUUUGUGAUAAUGAAAUGUCUACCAACAAAGGAUCUCAAGUUCGCAUUAUUAAUCAAUGUGGUGUGAACGUGCGCAUACCUCUUCUCAAUUACCAUAUGCACAGUAAGAUAGCAAUUAUUGAUGGAUGGAAAGUGAUGGCAGGUUCUGUAAAUUGGACUGUUCAAGGAAUGUACGGCAACUGGGACAAUCUCGUCAUCACUUCACAAAGAGAUAUUGUGAACGAUGCUAUGGAGACUUUUGAUCUUAUAUGGAGUAGCUUUGAUGCAAACACUAUAAUAUACAAAGUUCCUAAUAGGAAAAAGUACACAAAACAUAAACCAUAUAAUUCAAACAAUAAAUAUCAGCAGAAGAGCUCAAGAUCUAAUUAUAAUUAUUAUCAAACUAAUAAUUAUUAGUACAUUGUUAUAAUCUUUUUAAGAGAAAAUUGAUCUCAACUUUAUUAUUAACUGCUUAUGGAUGUAUGGACACUGAACCAUUGUAAUUUAAGAUGUACUGUCCAAGCACAAACCUUUAAUUUUUUAAAAGCAUUAUUAACUGAUAUCUUUCCUACAUGUUGAGUGAGAAUGGUUGAAAGAGUUUUGAUAAAGAGAUGGGUAUUGAAUGUGAAAAUUGAAAAUUAGACAAUAUAAUUAAUUAAUACAACAUGAAAAUUAUAAAUAAUCACUGUAACUGAAUUUUUAAUGGUGUCCAUACGUUAGUGGUAGUGUAUAUAUAUAUUAAUUUAAAUUUCAUUUUUAGACAAAAGAAAAUUACUGUUUUUAGUUUUUAAUAUUUGCUUUCUUUUAUAAUUUUCUUAUGAAAGGAUUGCUAAGUCAAUCUAACAUUCAAGGCAUAUUGGACAAUACAAUAAAAUUAACAUGGUAUAGGUAUUUAUAUAUAUAUAUAUUAUAUAUCACUUUAUAUAAUGCCAU